UCAAACGUGAUUUUCUGUACUCAAACGUGAGGUUAUGGAAAGCCUGUGUUGCCAUGACAUGCUUAUUCCCUCGAAUGUAGUAUUUAGUUGAUGGUAAAUGUAGACAUUGAUAGUCAAGCUGUUGUCAUGUGACCAAAAACAAAGAAGAUAAUUUGAAUAUUAUCUAUGCUGGUUGAUAUUUAUAGGUCUAAAGUGUAUCCACUGAGAAUUAGUGCUCAGUAGCUGCUCUAUUUACGCAGAUGUCUUCUUGCCUCCUUGUGAGUUGGGAGCGCCGCUUAGUCUGCUCUUGUGGGAUGAUGUGUCAUAGGGCUGAUGUUGACAGUUGCAAUCUGUGCAGAUGUCUACCGCUGUGCUAUUUUUAACACAACUGUGAUCACUUUUGAUAAAAGACAAUGUGUUUGUGAUAUGCCACUGUUAUCUCCAAAUGUCAGGUGCUUACUACUCAAAUUGUCCUGUAAUGAAAAAACAACAGUUUUCCUUCAAUUCCCAGAAAACUCACUUCAGCAGCUUUGUCUGCAGUGCUGCACCUACAGUGCUUUCACUCGUGAGACUGACGUAUGGCACGGUCUACUUUAAUGAGACGGUGUGCUGUUCUAAGAUGUGCAAUUACUACGCUGAAGUGAAUUUAUAAUGACAGCAUGAGGAAAAGAAGUGAGAACUCUGUCACAUAAGGGAGUUACAGUUCUCCUUUGGAUGAAGCAUAACAUCUACAGUGCAAAACAUUUUGCUGCUAGCAUUUUAUGCUUCUCCUGUUCAAGUUGGAUCAUUGAAAUGCCAAUUCUGUUUUUGGGUCAACAUUCUUUUGUGUGUGUGUGUGCGUUUGUGUAUGCGUGCCUGCAUGCGUGUUUGUGGGUGCGUGCGCUUGUGCGUCUGUGUGUGGAACUGAACGUUUAUAAAUAGUUGUGCAAACCUACACUCGCAUUGUGUUUGAAAAAGGAAAUCAAUCAACAGGACCUUAUACGAUAGAAUUGUGGUUUACUUCAUGUAAUCUAUCUAUCCAUCAAUUUUGUCAUCAUUUUUUUUAGGUUGUUGGUUAAUUAGACUUUGACUGUAUUCAAUUUAAUCCACUUGCAGUUAUGUUUAUCACUCCAGAGCUGGAUGGAUGGAUGGAUGGAUGGAUGGAUGGAUGGAUGGAUGGAUGGAUGGAUGGAUGGAUGGAUGGAUGGAUGGAUGGAUGGAUGGAUGGAUGGAUGGAUGGGCAAAAAAAAGUGUUGAUGGGCUAACUCCCCUUAUUAGACUGUUGCCAGGUAAAUCUGGUGGUGGGUAACAGUGAAGCAUGAAGUGAAUUAAUCAAUAGAUAAUAGAUUGCGCACAAGCACGCGCGCACGUUUGUUUGAGGGAGAAAGAGAACAAAAGACUCUGUAUAAGGGUGUGUUCCGGGGAAGUGAGUCCCUUGCUUCUUGCUUUAGGCUCGUCCUCGCAGCAUCUUUGGUGCCUUCCACUUCACUUGUUCACUUGUUAAUCUCAUCCUCGGCUGACCUGUUGAUGCAAUCAGCAGUCAGAUGUUCCACAGACGCUCCGCCCACCUCCAGAAUCGCAUGCACGAGUCUCUGAAGAUGUUUGAUUCCAUCUGUAACAGCAAGUGGUUUCGAGAGACCUCCAUCAUCCUCUUCCUUAACAAAAAGGACAUUUUUGAGAACAAAAUCAGCAAGUCGCCACUGUCCAUCUAUUUGCCUGAAUACACAGGGACAAACACAUAUGUGGAAGGAAUCUCCUUCAUUACAUCUCAGUUCAACAGCAAGAACAAGUCAUCGAAGAAGAUUUACUCUUUGUCUUUAACGCUGCCACUGAUGUCAUCGACAGCCUCCAACGCUCUUUCCUAACCUGAUAAUGUUGUGACCUCAAGGUCAACUGAUUUAAAGCAGCUUCUUACGAACGUCUAUUCUUCUGAACAUUUCGAGAUACAAACCAAAGCCUCGAGAUUUAUUUACCUCCUCUUACGACCCAAAUUUGACAUCCGAACCCGUGAGGGACUCUGUCAGAGUAUGUCAAGUGACGUGCGUGUGCGUGUCUCUACCCUUAACGCUGCCAUUUAGCGUGUUAGCCUAUCGACAAGUUCAUUCGUAGUUCAUCCGUAGUUUCAUAGUCAAUCAGGUCUCCUAAGAAAGCUAGUGCAAAUAGCGGCGAGCGUAGGCAGAAGAGGGUGAAGCGAACGUAGAACUUAAACGUACAUAACCCCCCACCAUCUCGCAAGCGCCGAGUCGUCAUGUCUUUCAAGAUAAAGCACUUAAAAGUAAUUGUAUAUUUCGCAUUCUUAUGGGAAAAUUGCUUCUACCUACCUACAAUCUUUUCUACCUAUGAAUCCGAUCACGGAACGAAUUAAGUUCGUAAGUGGAGGUUUCACUGUAUCUGAUUUAAUUGUCAUCAAUAGCUUGGACGGCUGAAUAGACAGAACCUUAAAGUUACCUGUGAUAUCACCAUCAUUAGAUUCAUAAUGUCACUGGAUAUUUUUCCAAAUUAGGUCAUAAUAGAUUAGAGGAAUUCAUAGCUGCGCGAAUUUUUUGAUUAUUUCAUUUUGGUAAAUCUUCUACUGUUUUUUAUGAAAAUACUAAAAUUGGAUAAUCUGCAACACAUUGCAUUGUUCAACAUUUAGUUUGCAGCAAUUUAUUUUUUUAUCAUUGCUAUUUUAUGUAUAUUUUCCUGCACUGGAUAAAAAGUCCCUUUAUUGUUGCUCUUUAUGCUUAUGGGAGGCAUCAUCUUCUUGGAUGGGCCGAAGGAAGUGUGCCGACUCAACCUGACACUUCUCCGAGAAUACUUCAGUGGAAAAUGACUUUAUAGGCCCACCGGAGGCAUCUUCUACCAUAUUGCGUGCUGCUGAAAGUGUUUUUUUUGUUUUCUCCUUAUUGUCCGCAACCUCGCUCUAAUAAGUCCAACAUGAGCUGCGAAAAAAAUGUAUUGCAUUUGUCAAGUGGGACUUCCCUACUGUGGGAUAAAUAGAGUUCUAUCUAAUCUAAUUUUACAAUAGAUUGGAACUCUGCUGCUUCUGCUGCUUCGUUCCCAACCAACUGAAAAACUUGCAUGACAUAUUCAUUUAAAAAGGCCAGUGUGCAUGACAUUAACAUGCAUGUCACACCUAGAAUAUAGCAGAUCUUAUAUCCCUUAUUAACUUUCAUACUAAAAGUUUAAAUUCCAUUUUGUUCAUUUUUUUUUUAAAGGCCUGCCUGCUUAGAUCUAAAUUUCUAUUUUAAGAACCAGGUAGAUGACGUCUCCCGCUCCCAAACAUGGCGCGUCCUAAUUAGAAUCACUGAGCAGCCUUAGGCUGUUGAUCAGCUUGCUUUGUGGAUGUGUUUGCGGUACCAGUGUGCGUGUGUAUGUGUGUGAAUUAUGUAGGGAAGUGUGUUUUUGCAUGGGUGUAUAUACUGGUGAUUAUGAAGCACUAGAAAGUGUUGUGUGAGAGACAACGUGAGCCAAUAAUAUGAGUGGAUUAACCACCCAGAAGGCACUUGUCCAUCCUUUCCACACACGCUGGCUGUCAACACACAAAGCCUUGAACACAGCUAUGUAGUUUCAAAAUGCCAUGACAAUGUUCAUGAUAAAAAUAAAUCAAGAUAUGAAGUAGUUAAUUUCAUAGACAUGUGCGCUGCCUUGGAAAUGUGACCUGAUAUUGCUAUGCAAUAUGCAUGCAGGCAGCGCCUCCUCAUUUUGUUUGUGCAGCUGUUGUUAUUGUGUAGUCAGGUGUUGGCUUCAUUGUUCUCUGGCUCAUUCUGUGUCGCUGUUUAUCCCAUAUGUUGCCGUUCUAUCUUUUAAAUGUCUAAGAAGAUAAAUCACAGUUGAUGAGUCAGUGAAAUCUUCUUGCCUACAAUUUCAUUUUUCAUGGUGGGAGGCAACCCACUGCUUUGUCUUGCUUCUUACUUUGUCUAAAGAAAUACAGUAAUGUUUCUUCUGUGCGUGACAUCGUAAACACGUGAUCCAUGUAAUACACGCAUACAAUUAGAUGGAGCCUACAAUUCGAGAAUACAGUAAUUAUGACACCAUUGUGCUUUUUCACUGACCUUUAUUCUCUUAUUUGUUGACAAAUGGAAAGGUUUGUGAGAAAACUCUCCCCAAAAGUUAAGAGUGGGUUUUAUUGACAUUAGGGGCAUCAGCCUGUCACAAAAGAACAUUUUUCUAUUUUUGUAUUGAUUAUUCUAUUGAUUCUAUGGAUUGUUCUAUUCGAUUAAUCGAAUAAUCGAAUUAAUUUUUCCAUAAAGUUUAUUAUGAAACAAUUUGGGGGUCGGAUGGAUGGAUGGAUGGAUGGAUGGAUGGAUGGAUGGAUGGAUGGAUGGAUGGAUGGAUGGAUGGAUGGAUGGAUGGAUGGAUGGAUGGAUGGAUGGAUGGAUGGAUGGAUGGAUGGAUGGAUGGAUGGAUGGAUGGAUGGAUGGAUGGAUGGAGUGCAGUGUCAGUCUUUGCUUAGGGUCUUACUCCUUAUUCCUUAACUACCACUAAUACUGUAUGCCUUGUGAUGGAAUUUUUUUGACAUUGUAUUGGAAAUGCAUUGAAAUUACAAUAAAGCACAACUUGAAUAA